AUGUUCUCAAUUCAAAUGAAUUUUCAAAGAGUUAUUUUCCUCCUUCUUUCAAUCUUUUCUGUCCUAGUAUUUGCUAAAUUCCAUUUACAGCAAACUGUCACUGAAACUGUAACUGUUUCAGAUAAUCAACAAGGUUCUACAACUCCACAGCAUGUUCAUGAAAAGGCUAAACGUGGAGGAACAUGUGCAUUCCCCAAUUAUGACGGUAUGGUAGCAGUUCAAAAAUCAGGUAAGAAUGCCGGAUGGGCCAUGCAUAACGAUCAAGAAUGUUCCUACGGGUCAUGGUGUCCAUAUGCGUGUGAACCAGGUAAGUUAAUGGGUCAAUGGGAUCCUAGUGUCACAACGUAUUCAUACCCAGGUUCGCAAAAUGGUGGAUUAUAUUGCGAUUCUAAUGGGAAUUUACAAAAAAUGAACUCUGAUAAAGAUUAUUGCUAUGAUGGUACUGGGACAGUCUCUGCAGUUAAUAGUUGCUCAGGUGGUGAUGUUUCAUUUUGUCAAACCAUCUUACCAGGUAAUGAAGAGAUGUUGAUCCCAACUUUGGUCUCUAAGGGAUCUUCUAAGACGUUAGCUGUUCCAGGACCAGAUUAUUGGGCUUCAACUGCUGCUCAUUAUUAUAUUAAUCCUCCUGGCGUGGGAGUGGAUGAUGCAUGUCAAUGGGGGAGUACUGCAAACCCAUGUGGGAAUUGGUCUCCAUAUGUAGCUGGUGCAAAUACAGAUUCUAAUGGGAACACAUUUGUGAAAAUUGGCUGGAAUCCAAUUUACUUGGAAACUUCAUGUCCAUUUAAAGACAAAAAACCAACUUUCGGUAUCAAAAUUACUUGUGAUGAUAAAUCUCAAUGUGACGGAUUGGAUUGUGCAAUCGACCCAAGUGUUAACGACAUUAACGGAGUAUCAAGCUCUCAAAGUAGUUCUGGUGCAGGUGGUGGUAACUUUUGUGUAGUUACCGCAAAGAAGGGUGCAAAGGCUAAAAUUGAAGUUUUUGAUGCUGGGAGUGGUGGAGUUAGCGGUAGUGGAGGAGGCUCCAAUAACAUGCAAAAGAGAGAUGAAUAUGCCCUAGGGAUAACAGCUACACAUACAGUAACUGAAACUAAAUGGGUUACUUCAACGACAAUUGUUUAA